AUGCUUGAUUUAUUCCAAGAGAAAUUGUUCGGACAAUCACGUCACGCCAAAUGGGCACUAUUUUCAUCGUUUGUACAAGCAAUAAUUAUUGGUACACUCGAAGCAAUAGUGUACACUAUGCACAGAAGGGAGGUGGAAAAGAUCCAGUCGGGCAUAAUUGAACUAAAUAAAACAUUUGAGAUGGGAUAUAAGACAGUUUUAGCGAAUGCACAAAGUAUAUCAGUAUAUCAUAUAUUAUUUAUGGCCAGUCAGUUGUAUCAUGAGAAUACUAUUCAACUGAUAGCACUGACAUUAUUUACGUUUGGCACAUUGUCAUACUCUGCCAUUCAAACCGUACAGUCAGCCACACUAAUCGAUAAAGACACAGAAGUUGGUAGGAAUCUAUCACAAAGAGUCCCAGAUUUAGAUAAUCCACCGGCAAUACCAUUCGAGGUUACUCUCGUAAUCUCAUUUUUAUGUCUCAAAAAUUUUGAUAAGGGACUAAAGUACCUUCUGACACGACGAAACGUCACCUCUGAUAGUACCGAAGACAUAUCAUCACAUCCACCUGGCUAUAGUCUUGAUAACGUUCGAAACACAAAACGAUGGUCUAUUGACUGA